UUCUUCCAGCAUCAAGCAGCGUAAAGAUUUCAAUCGGGACGCAUCACAACUAAACUUCCCAAAGGACUGUCGCGAUACCUUCGAAUCCUUUCUGAGAAACAGCACCGGAAGUGAAAAUCUUGUGGAAAGUGAUUUCCGAUAACAUAUUGCUUUGCCAAUCAACGGAAUUUAAUCAAUGACCAAUAAAUUACAAAACGGUUUUCAUUGUUUUGUGCUAAUUAAAUUAGUUAAUAAGGAAAGAUAAGAUGGAAAUGAAUUUUACAUUAAAGUGAAGGAGAGUUUUCAGUUCAUGGAUAUAUCUAAAGUGAAUUAUAUUGUUAGUGGGUGUGGAAUUCUAGGAAGUUUAGUUGAAUCAGUUUCAAUUUGAUUAGGGGAGCAAAUCAAUUAAAAGUUGCAAACAGAGUUAAUCCCACAUACGGAAAAUGGAAAAGCUACAUGAGUACCAAGGUUGGGGUGGGCGAUUUCAUGAAUGGCGGGACAGUAUCAAAGAACGGUUCUCCACAUUUCGUGAAGAGCAUCCUGAGUCCUUGGUGGAAUUCGCCAAAAAUGCUGCUAUGCAACAGGCCAAAGGGAAUGCAAGCGCUGCACAGGAUUUUUCCCAUCUGUAUAGGAGGAAAACACGCACGGAACUGAUUCGUGUCUCAGCUGCUGUAAUGGGAAUAGAAUUUUCUUAUGCUGCCGAGACUGCAUUCGUGUCCCCAACUCUAUUGAAAAUCGGCGUGGAGCAUCAGCACAUGACCCUAGUGUGGGCACUGUCUCCACUUGUUGGCUUCUUCCUUACACCCGUUCUCGGAUCAAUGAGCGACAGAUGCAAACUAAAUAUGGGACGAAGACGACCUUUCAUUAUUCUACUUUCUAUCGGAGUUUUUUUAGGAUUACUUUUGGUUCCGAACGGAGAAAAUCUAGGAUAUAUUUUUGGUGACGUAGAUCCGCAUCUGCAAAUUUCUGCUAUGAAUGUAACGGCGAACCAAACGAUCAACAAUAUUAACGUUUCCCCUCAUCGCACCUCCGCUUCAGAAAGUGAGGUCGCGGAGGUUCCCAAGACAUCGCAUCCCUGGGGCAUAUUUUUUACGAUUAUUGGAACUGUUUUAUUGGAUUUCGAUGCAGAUGCAUGCCAGAGUCCUUCUAGAGCGUAUCUCUUAGAUGUGACGGUUCCAGAUGACCAUGCGAAAGGACUUUCCACAUUUACAAUUAUGGCAGGAUUGGGAGGAUUCAUGGGAUAUUCCUUGGGCGGUAUAAAUUGGGAUGCAACUACUUUAGGACGACGACUCGGCGGACAUGUUAAGGCUGUAUUUACCCUUAUCACAUUCAUCUUUGUUUUCUGUGUAUCUGCAACGGUGACUAGUUUCAAAGAAAUACCAUUAUGGGCACUAGAAUCUCAGGGAAGACCUAAACCACCCUUUGAUGAAGAUGCCGAGGGAGGACAACCCACCGAAGAGUCUCAAUUGGAAAAGAAUGGAGCUCCCGUAUCAUACGGAACUUUAAAUGAAGAACCAGAGGCACCAAAUGAAGCACAAACUGAACAAAGUCAAGAAUCACGGAAGUCUCGGUAUGCAACUCCUUUGAAACCAGAAUAUGCAACUGUUCCCGGAGAGAAUAUCGACGAAACCUCAUUUACAGUGAAUGAUGAAACAGGACAAUUGCCACCUGUCCAGGAACAAGCAGUAGCCUCUCUAUCCCAUUAUCUGCUUUCAAUUGUAUUUAUGCCACAUUCAAUGCGAAUGGUUUGUCUAACCAACCUAUUCUGCUGGAUGGCACACGUAUGCUAUUCACUCUAUUUUACGGACUUUGUUGGCGAAGCAGUUUUUAAUGGUGACCCAAAAGCUAUCGAAGGAACUAAUGCACAAAUUCUUUAUGAAGAAGGGGUUCGAUUUGGAUGCUGGGGAAUGGCAAUGUACUCACUGUCAUGCUCCUGCUACUCGUUGAUUAUUGAAAAGUUAAUUGAAAGAUUCAGAGCCAAAAAAGUAUAUGUAGGCGGGCUACUAUUUUACUGCGUUGGAAUGACUCUUAUGGCCCUAACACGUGCAAAAUUUAGCGUAAUUGUCUUCAGUUGGGCUGCCGGCGUGAUGUAUUCGACCCUCUUCACUAUGCCAUAUCUGCUGAUCGCUCACUAUCACUCACAAGGAACGUUCGAGUUAACAGCAGAAGGAGAAGCAAAACUAGGAACUGAGGUUCGCGGUUUGGGAACUGACAUUGCCAUAGUCAGCAGCAUGGUGUUCUUAGCGCAAUUCAUCUUAUCAAUGUGCAUGGGGACGAUAGUUACAUGGUCGGGGACGACAACAGCCGUUGUAAGUGUUGCGAGUUUCUUGAGUUUUUGCGGGGCAUUGUCUGCAACGCAAAUCAUGUAUUUAGAUUUGUAAAGUAAUAUUUUUUGGAACUGAGUUUCAAAAAUAUUCAUCGUAUCAGUAUUCAUGUUGUUAGUAUGUAAAUCAAAUAAUUAUAGCAUUUUUCCGACUCGUUGAAAAUUGUAGAGAAUAAUAUAUAAUAGAUUAAAUAAAGCAAAAUACUGUGAGA